UUCCUCGAGCCGCCGCCAUGUGCGAGGAGCUGCUCGCGCGUCUCAACGACCCGCAAUCCGCCAACUGGCUGAAGGCGGGCCAGUGCCUGUACAUCGUCAAGGACGCCGUGCAUCCCUUCGCCGAUCAGCGCGUGCGACUUUUCCACCGAGAUUUGCUCCGCGACGAGCCUCGUCUGCGGCGGCGACUCAGACGCAGCUAGCGCAGAAACAAGCGAGCGUUUCGUUUGACGCCCGUGCAGCUUUCCAGGGCCCGCGGCUCGUGUUUGCGCUGGAAGUCCGAGAUCGUCAAGCACCACAGGAGACCCGAGUCCGCCCUCCACCGGGACAACCGCGCUCCUUCUGCGUGGCCGACGCACCACUGGGAGCUGGCCAAGAAGCGAAAUUCCAACCUCAAGCUUCCGGAAAGUCGCCGUGUAUUUUUGUUUGUUCCGGCCCGCGUGAAGGCGGCGCAUCAGUGCGAUCCCUCCGCUCUGCUCAACCUCAUCAACGUCUGCCACUGUUUUGCCUCCGUGACCUCUAACCCGGCUCGCGUGACAGAGGUGAGCGUCCCGACAAUGCUAACCUGUGCAAAAAAACAAAACAACACAAAAAGAGCACUCGGCUUUUGUCCUUUGACGAAUCAUCGUGCCGCUCCAAAUUCACGUUUCGUGCGGCUGUUCGGCCACGUACCCGGCAUGGCGCCGGCGGAGCGACGGCUAACCCGGAUGCUGGCAGUUGAUUUGUCAAUACGCGCGACCGACGCCGUGGAUUAUACCGGCACGGCGUUAGCUGCGGAUUACGAUAUCAGCCCCCGACUAAUCGCCCAACGGGAGGCGGCCUUACUACAAGAGAGGCUGCGGGAGUUGCGGCCUUCGGCCGAAGACGAAACCGUGGACAGCGAGCAGCUGACGAUGCCGCAGGGCUUCCUGCGGGAGAACAAAGAUCUCGGCGCCAAGUUUUCUGCCGAGCCGCCGUCCGUCGGCACGUCGAGUCAGAGCUGACGCGCGGCCGGCGGCCGAUUGGGCGAUUGUCUACGAUCUCGCCACGUCGUACGCGUAGCCGUAGACGACCCACCUCUGGCGCAGGGACACGUUGAAUCGGACCGUGACGUACAACAGCUCGUCCUCCCUCAGAGCGACGGACGCCGAUCCGGAAUGUUCUCGAGAUGUCGGGCGAAGCGGGCGAACGGUGCCGUUGUUCUCGCAAAUGCUGCACGUUAAGGAACAACAGAGCGGUCGCCGCUUGUCAACGUUGGUUUUCACCACUGGCGGAGCUGCGGGAAACGGAGGCCAUACCUGAUGGAAACAUAAAGCUGAGCGUCCGCCGGCAAAGCGGGGAAGGCCCACGAGCAGUUGAGCACAUCGUUCGGGUAAAGCGAGCAGUUAAAGGUUUCGUUCUCUUCGAUAUACACCGUGUCACCGAAAUCCGCUUCUGAGGAACUCAACGCUCGGAGCUGGGGAAACAGAUGCGUGCGAAUUGAAGCUAAGUGCACUCGCACGCGCUCGGGACUCGCAGGUUCGGAUACGCUUCUUACGUUAGCGAUCAGGUUUUCACCCUGACAGGCGUCGACGUCGGCGGCCUCUGUCGAGAAGGAAUAUACGUUGCGGUGGCUGCGGCUCACCACCGGCGCGGCGUUUGGUUUUGGUUUUUUUACCUCUACCUGUGUUGUUUGUGUUUUAGGAUUAUUGUGCAAAACAAUGGACCCAUUCCCAUAAAAGGGGGAAAAUAAUAAAGACUGAACCUUUCACAUUUGUUUGAGUUCACACAAAAGAAGAAUGUAAAAGUUUGUCAUUAGCUCACAAGUUUGAUGCAGGAGAAAUUCUCCCCCCCCCCCAUUGGUUCCAAUGUCCUUGGAGGGAUUGUAUCAAUUUGAAAAUUGCCAAAUUCAAGUGGUCGUCAUGCUUGUUCUAUUCCCCCCCAGAUGGUGACCCUUCGCUAGACUGCACACGCGGAUUAUACUGCCGUUGUUGCUCAUGGUGCGUGCGUGCGUGCGGGAAUCGGUGGUCAUCUACCGCUUUGGAAGGCCGCCACGAUCAGCAGACCGCAACGAACGAGUGCUUGAGCUCGACACGACUUCAUCGCCGACCUGCAAGUGCGCACACGCACGCCGAACUGAAAAGAAAGACAAAAGACGUCGAUGAGCGCACACGCGCAGUUGCUGUACGAGCCGCUGCGAAAUCAUUUCCCGCGGCUUUUCUAACUUCCCUUUUGGGAGGGUCGCCAGAAAGAAGCCGUCGGUCAGUCGCCGAAGGCGUCCGCAAACGCCGAGAGACAAAUUACCCGCCGACCUUCCUCUUGCUUUGACUUGUGACUCGGAGCCGACGCGCGGGCGCCUCCUCGUUGAGUGAGCGGGCGCGGUUCAAAAAGUGAACGUCACGUCGUAAGGAGGCACGCCGCGCGCUCGGAGGGAAAUAUUCGGAUGAUUAUAGCUCGCGGCAAACGGAAAGCCCAAAUUGGCCGUCUCUGCAAAAUACGAUAUCACACGACAAACCGUGCGCACGAUUUGGAAAGGAGGAAUUUGCCCUGCGGAAAGUAGUUCGCCAAUGAUUUUAAAGUACGAGUGCGGAAAUGUACCUUUGAGCGCGUCUCCGUAUGUUCGGGGGCGACACAUUACUACUUCGACAUUCAAGCGAAUGGUCGGGACGUGUGAACAGGUUGACUUUUCAUGUGAAUUGUGGCAAUUUAAAAGCUCUUUUUUCUAAA